AUGCCAAAUUAAGGUAACCCAAAUAUAAAUAACUCCUAAAUGAUACAAUAUUAAAUAAGUCAAAGGUAUUUUUAGUGCAUAGGCUGUCUAAAUUUUAUGCAGUAUUAUACUUCUGAUCUAUCUGUUUAGAUUUGGUCAUAUAAAUAAUAAGAGCUAAUUGAGAUUGGGCAACUUAUAAAUAUAAUUGCUAUGGUUGUGUGA